AUGCUGGACAAAAGCAGUGAUGAAGUGCAGCCACAGUCUGGACGCUGCUCGGACUGUGGCUGCAUUUUCAGCCUGCCACGGUCAGACUCCCACCCAGAGUCCAGCGACACCCCUAAACAGCAAACAGACAGCCCCUCCAGAUGCCCAUCGUGCCAGGCGGGCAGCAGCCCCACCAACGGUCGGAGGCCCCACCGCCGAGUCCCCCUCGACCCCCACAGCUGCAGCCUGUGCACCAAGACCUUCAUCUCCUCGGCCCAUCUCACCCUCCACCUCGCCUCGCACAACAAGGAGAGGAAGUUCAGGUGCAGCACCUGCGGCAAGUACUUCCAUCAGUCCUCCCACCUGAUGGCACACAAGAUAAUCCACAGCGGAGACAGGCCCUUCAAAUGCCCAGAUUGCGGUAAGACCUUCGGCCGAGCCUCCCAUCUGAAGACCCACCGCCGGCUCCACACGGGGGAGAAGCCCUUCAAGUGCACCUACUGCGACAAGUCGUUCACCCAGAAGGCCGGGCUCCUGGCACAUGUUCGCCUCCACACCGGGGAGAGGCCGUACAAGUGUGAGCGGUGUGGCGAGGGCUUUCGCUCCUUGUCCCUCCUGCUCUCUCACAAGGCUCAGGAGGCGUCUGGACAGACCAAACCAGUGUCCACACCACCGUUCAACCAGCCUCAGAAGACACAAGGCAACACAGAGGAUCUCAAGUGUGGUGUCUGCUGUCGCACCUUUGUCCGAUCUUCAUACAUCAGGCUGCACAUACGCCUCAACAAAGGACAGAGACCUUAUCACUGCAAAGUGUGCAACAAGACCUUUGUGAAGCUGGAUACGUUUGUGAACCACUGUGACAAGCACUUAAGGCAAAAAAAGGAGAAAAACAAGGAGGUUAACGACAAAGUGGUUAAGCCUCCUCUGUUUGUUCCGCUCUCCAGGCCUCCUACUCCUGAGUCCUCGCCCACUGGGCCUUUAUCCUCGGAGGUCAACACGCGCUCCAGAGCAAAAGCAAAGAGCAAGACAGAGCCAUGACCAAGUGGAGACGAUCUGCCGAGACAAAGAUGAACUUUACCCAAGAAAUGUGUCACAGCAGUUCUGCCACAGCAAAUACACCUGUUACUGACAGGUCAAAUAAAAACUUAGAUGUUUACAAAUGAUACGAAUUAAAAGAAAAGGAUAAGAGCAAAUUAGUAGUUGAAUAACUCCUAAAAUACUGUUAUUUAAUUUACAUCAACAACCUAAUUGUACAGUUAUUUUAUUCAGAAUAAUUUAAUUGUGAAAAAAUGUCUUUGUGAGCAUUACACUGUUGUGUUUUUAAUGCAUAUUUUAGCACAAAAGUCUAAUUAACAUUUGUAAUGUAUCAGUGGAAUACAUUGUUCACUCUAAUCUUUCAAUGUAAAAAGGUUCAACAUUGAAACCAUUGUAAUUCAUGGUUAAUCUGUUGGCUUUGUUAAAUCCACACAAGCCCAGAGGCAUGUAUGCACAAAUUAUAAUGUACAUGAAAUGCUUAUUGUAGGACAAUAUGCAUAUUUAGUACAACGGACAUAAAAACAUAGUGUUGUGGCCCGAACUCUGUGAAAAAGUAUUUGGUGUUACAGUUGUGACCAUCCCCGGUACAUCACUGAUCUUUUCCCACUGAUUCCAUUUAGCGUAACUCCCCAGUUCAUUCUUAGCAGAUGCAUUUGUCUCUGUAAACCUGCUCUUACAGCAUGGCUCAUGGUGUGCUGCAUCACCUGGGCUUGUAGCUAUAGAGUUAUCACUGUACGCCUACGUGUGCUGCCAGAUGACCCUCCUUUCACUGUCGCAUUGGUGGCAACAUUAAUUCCAGGCCAGCAGCAGCUCACAGCUGAACAGACGAUGUAUUAGGCAGGUUUUCUGUGGAUCCCCGCUGUUGAUGGGUGAGAGUAUGUCACCUCCACAUGGGGAAACUCUUUGUUCCAACCUGAGGACAGAGGAAAAAAGCAAGUUUACAACUUUAUGGACACUGGCUUAAAGCCAAGUCUGGACUUUUGGGAAGCUAAUAUGUGUACCUGAAUCACCUAGCAUGAAAAAAAUGUAACCACAAAGCUAUGAAAGAUAAUAAAAUCAUCUGUCACCA